AUCCGGAGAUCGACGCGGUGCUCAUCUGCUCACCCACGGAUAAACACGCAGAGCAGAUUAUGGAGGCUGCUAAGAACAAGAAGCAUAUCUUCUGUGAGAAACCCGUGGAUCUCGAGCUUGACGUCGUCAACAAGGCUAUCAAGGCGACGGAGGAUGCUGGUGUGAAGCUCAUGAUCGGAUUUCAACGGCGAUUUGACGCUAACUUCCUUCGCAUCAAAGGAGCAAUUGACCGUGAUGAGAUUGGCAAGGUCAACAUGAUCCGCAUCACUAGCCGUGAUCCCGGACCCCCACCUGUGAGCUACAUCAAGAGCUCGGGUGGACUCUUCCGCGACAUGACCAUCCACGACUUCGACAUGGCUCGCUUCCUGGUGGGCGACGAAGUUGAUGAGGUUUAUACCAUGGCGAAAAGUGUCAACCCGGACAUUGCAGCAGCGGGCGACAUCGACACGGCCGUGGUGCUACUCAAAUUUCGCAACGGUGUGAUCUGCUACAUUGAGAACAGUCGCGAGGCAGCGUAUGGUUACGACCAGCGGGUGGAGAUGCUUGGAUCCAAGGGAUCGGUGGCUUGUGACAACAAGCACUCGAAUCAAGUCGUGGUGUCUACGAGCGAGAGUGUGCGUCGUGACUUGCCGCUGCAUUUCUUCUUGGAACGCUAUAUGGACGCUUAUGUUGGGGAAAUGGAGGCGUUCAUCCGUGUAUGUACUACGGAUGCGCCUGUACCGGUAGGUGGCGAUGACGGUCGCGAGGCUCUGUUGUUAGCUCUUGCUGCGAACAAGUCUCUGGCUGAGAAUCGCCCUGUAAAGGUCGAUGAAUUGCGUGCUUGAAGAACUUGACUUGGGCUCUUUCCUUUCCUGUGAGGCCUUAAGCACAGUUUUGAACAACAUACCUCAUCUGUACUUACAGAGUUUGAUCAAAUGCUUCGUUGUGACUGCUUACUAUUAUACAGAUCGAGAUCUGUGCUGCUGC